AUGGAAGAUCAAGUUUGCCCAGCCCUCAGGCGUGUUGCGCAAAUCGGCACGCUCUAUGAUGCAAAAGCAGAUAAAUUUCUACAAGCCUCAAUUCUACCCUCCAGCCUCCUGGCCAGUUAUAUAUCGACACGGCCAACUUCUGUCACAGACAUCACUGUCUCUAAAUGCGCAUCAUACAUGAAUGUGUUUGAAGAUCUCCAUAUAGACGAAGACACUGCGGUCAAUAUUCUUGCCGGGUUACAUGAUCUGCAAGGUGCCGCGGUGUUUAUUCGUGACUACACAUCCGGCAGUGGUGAUCAUCGCGCCGCAAUUAUUCAUCAUGUCUCGACAGUGCAGCAGACACUGAACAAUGUGAUUGAGGCAUUCAAAUCAUGCAGCGAUUUGACGCCUUUGGGGAAAAGUGACUGCACACACGUGGUGACUGGCAUCAAUUGGGGUUUAAGGACUAUCAUUGCAGCCAAUAGCCCCAUGUCGAGCAAGUUUGGUCGACCCGAAGAAGAGGAUAUCAUCUUCCAAGGAGAUCUGAAUACUCUGACAUACGCCAUCGAAUCCGCGUUCCUCACACCUAAAACACCUCCUAAACUGGAACUUUGCGACGAGCUCAUGCUCUAUAGCGAUAUUUUUGCAAAAGAAGGCCUCGUUAUGCAAGACAUUUCGGAAAUAUGCAACUUCAUUCGAAUCGUACCAGAUCAUAUUCGCCGAGAGAAUGGCGGAAAGGGAUGGCCCAUAGAGUAUAUCUUGACUCCAAUCACGGCGCUUUCGUACAUUUUAUCAUCCCCACUGGGGUUUCGGUAUUCUCUUCAUUUAAUCAAUCACGACUAUCUCGCUGCCUUCAUUCAGCUAUUCGAUAAAUUCGAGGUCUCCGCAGUUGGACUUCAGAAGUAUGAAGCCUACCUGGUAGGCCAUACGAUGCACACUAGCAAAAAUCAUCUCAAUCAAGUCGUUGCUUCUAUGAAAGCCCUAGAGGAUCUCAGAAGCUGGACUGCAAAACGACUUUCUUAUGCUCUACAGGAAGCUCGCAAGGGAAAAGGAGGGCCGCCGAUGUUGUUUGACCUAUAUCAACAGGCUACUACUUCAGGCAAUUUUACCGUGGAGCAUGCAUCCGCCAUUAUCAGACAGGAAUCUAGCAAGCUCGACUUCAUCAGCAGCGUUACUGCGCAGGGCGCAAGAUAUUUGGGCUUCAACGGGAUUUCUCUAGAGACGGUCAAUAAAUUACACAAACACACCCGCUUUUAUGUGUUUCAUUUCAAUUCUGCAUCAAUGGACGUCAAGAAACAAUGGGACAACAACUCUACCUUGCUGUUGGAGUUACUCGGUCAGCCAGAUCAGCCAGAUCAGCAUAUACCAGUCUAUCUACUGGAUCAUGACUCGGUGAACUCUUAUUUCUGCUCUGAUGCGGGUCCAUGCAUAUCCCAGUAUGAGGGCGAGAAGGAGAUUAUCCCUGAUGUUCUCGACCACCGUCAGUUUAUGUCUUCAAAAUGCUUCGCCCAAUGUCCCGAUGCUGCUCUGGACACUAGUAGGCGGCAACGGCCAGUCAAGAGAUGCAUUGUUAGGGUGCCUUGCCCCAAGCCCGACUGCGAUUCUAAGUGUGUGGAAUGGGUUUGUUCAGUAUGCUUGGUCGAGAUUGAGUUUGGAUACAGCGACGAACACUUCUACUGCGAUUGUGGCCGGGCCGCUUAUAGCACAUUCGAGUUCAAGUGUAAUGAUUCCAAGCACGGAGCUAAAUCCGCAAGAUAUGACGCAAAAGAGCUUCACAAACUCUUGACCGGGUUAGAUGAGGCUGACUACAUCAACAUACUCAUUCUUGGAGAGACUGGGGUGGGAAAGUCGACAUUUAUCAAUGCUUUUGUCAACUACUUGACCUACUCAACACUGGAUGAAGCCAUGGCUGUGGAUGAGCUCACAUCUGUGAUCCCGUGCUCUUUUUCUCUCCAAAGCAUGGACAGAGCAAAUUUGUCUGCGGGAAUUCAAGAAUACAAUAUCAAGGUUGGCGCUCGUGAUGAUGAAGUGGAUGGUUCAACGGGGAAAUCGGCAACACAGAAGUCAUCUGUCUACCCUGUGAAAAUCGGGACAAAGACAUAUCGCUUGAUUGACACGCCAGGAAUUGGGGAUACCAGAGGCCUGUCUUACGAUAAAGAGAACAUGGCCGAUAUCCUGAAAGCCAUCAGCAGCUAUGAGCACCUGCACGGUAUCUUAGUCCUUGUCAAAUCUAACAACGCUCGCCUUACCAUUACUUUCAGAUUCUGCGUCAAGGAACUCCUCACUCAUCUACACCGUAGUGCCGCUAAAAGCAUGGCCUUUGGUUUCACUAAUACGCGCAUCUCCAAUUACGCCCCUGGAGAUACAUUCAAGCCACUCAGGUCUCUCCUUGAUGAGCACUCAGAUAUUCCCAUCACACUCUCAGCAACAACUACGUACUGUUUUGACUCUGAAAGCUUUCGUUUUCUUGCGGCAUAUAAGCAGGGAGUGCCGCUAACCAACGAAGAAGACUUCCGCACAAGCUGGGAUCACUCGAGUAAAGAGGCGCAUAGGCUUCUCAACUACUUUGCAUCAACACCACCCCAUCCUGUUGCCAGCACGAUUAGCCUAAAUGGAGCACGGAAGCUGAUAUUGGAACUGACGAAACCAAUGGCCAGCAUUGCAGAAUCUAUCAGAAAAAACAUUGCGCUGUGCGUUAACAAGAGGUCGGAGUUAUUCGACACAAAAUCGACAGCGAGAGACCUUCGCAAGAGGCUCCGCAUAGAGAAGAUUCAGUUCGCAGCUAAGAAGCUAGAUAAACCUCGUACGGUCUGCCAAAACCAUGAUUGCUGUGAUUUUAAGGAUAGCGGUCUUGGAGACGGGGCAGUUGUCACCAUUUACAAGACGCACUGCCACCCGGAAUGCUACCUGGACAAUGUCAAAGAAGAUGUCGUCGCUGAUCCAGGUCUCAUACGCUGCACAGCUUUUGGUGGCAGCAAUAUUUGCAGGCUAUGUAGCCAUCGAUGGCAAGAGCAUUUACACGUUCUCUAUGAGCUGUCGGAGACUAAAGUUCUAGUCACAGAUACUGAAAUUGAGAGACAACUCAAGUCCAACGCCGACGAUGUAACGCUACGACAAACAAGCAUCACUAGGCUGGACAAGAUUGUUGAAGAGUACAAACAAGAGCUCGACGAGAUUCGACGUGCUGCAGCUCGAUUUUGUCUUUUUUUGAGGGAAAAUUCAAUCACUGUCAUCAAUGACGCUACGCUGGACUACCUCGACAUGCUCAUUCAGGAUGAAAAGAGUAUUAUCGAGACUGCAAAUCAACGAGGCAUACCUACGAACAAGAAACGCCUCAAAGCAUUGCAGGAGGACAGGCAGAUCCACCUCCAGCUGGUUGAGACGUUCAAGCAAAAUAUGCUGGAGCCUACUGGUCCAGAGGACGUGCUCCUUGACGAGCAAGGAGUUGAUGCUCUGGUGAAAAAGUUGUAUGCGCUGCAACAUUUUGGCGAAAACUUGAAGCAUAUCAAAUAUGUCAUAGAGAUUUCGCUGGAGGAGACCUCUCGUGAACGGCCAUACCGCUGCAAUGGCUACUGGGAAACGAAGCAGUGGCCACAGACGGGAAGUAUCUCACGGCAACGACUCGUUACCCUCGGCGAACAAAAACCGCCAAUUGGGGAACGGCGGUCAUAGAUGGAGCAUGGAGUUGAUGUCGCCAUCUGCUUUCCCCCAAAUUUCCUACGCUGAAGUGACCAGCCAGGUAUAUUCAUAUAAGCACGCACCUGGCAGAAUCCUAAGUAGGGUGAAGUCGUUGUGGAAAUAGGGAGAUGUCUGUAUGUAAAAGUGCGUUGUUGACGGAUUUCUGAACUAGAGCAGUCGAAAUAGGACUUGUAAAUUACUGGGGCUCUCAGCAAUUGAGAAGAGAGGUAUAACGCGAAAUGGAAUUGACUAUCAAACGUUGCUCUAUUCAAUUUUCCUCCUUGAGGGUAUUAGCUGAUACUUCUCUGGUCUAUAAUAGCCGAGUAUCGCUAGAAAGCGUAAUACUAAAUAUGAGAAACAAAUGCCCAGGAGUCGUUGGCGUGGCAUGCCCCCAGGCA